UUCCAAAACAUAGUUAUGACUGACAUUUUUUCAGUUUAAAUUUAUCAUCGGCAAAGACUCACACUGUUCUGUUAUGUUGCUCUAAAUGUCAAUAUAUUAAACCUUUAAAUUGAGUCUGUUUUCAGCAAAGAUCAUCAAGAGGUCCACACAUUGUCCUGGUUGGUCUGAGUACAAUGGACGCUGUUUCAUCUUCAUUCCUACCCACAUGACUCGGGGUACAGCUGAGAGAAACUGUCAGUCCCUGGGUGGAAACCUUGCAUCGGUCCGUGAUUUCUUUGAGUACCAUGCGAUCCAGAAGGUGAUAUGGAGUAGCACUCAUGCGUAUCCACGCACAUGAAUUUGAGGCAGUGAUGCCCAAGAGCAUGGAGCUGCAUGAUCAAGACGUACAGAUAUUGUCCUGGUUGGUCUAAGUACAAAGGACGCUAUUUCAUGUACAUUCCCACACCCAUGACUUGGGCUAGUGCUGAGAAAAACUGUCAGUCCCUGGGUGGAAACCUUGCAUCGGUCCGUAAUACCUUAGAAUACUGUAUGAUCCAGAAGCUGAUAUUGAGACGCACUCGUGUGUAUCGAGAAACAUGGAUUGGAGGCAGUGAUUGUCAACAGGGUUUAUGGCUGUGGAAUGAUGGGACGUGUUUCCACUAUUCAAACUGGUGUCGUGGAGAGCCCAGUAACGGACUCCAUGCCCAGCACUGCCUGCAAAUAAAUUCUGGACGUAAAUAAAAAGUGCUGAAUGUGUGACUGGUUCAACUGAUGUAUGGUAAAAGACAAAAGCCGAAUGACUGAGAACAAUGUUGUUAUUGCAAAUAUCUGAUCAAAUUUAGAACUAAUAUAAAAAGUUAAAUUAGAAAUAACAAAAUAUUGUCUAUGUUGAUGAAGUCAGUGCCAAGUUUGAGUUACUAUGGAACUGGACUGAUUU